AUGAGUGGACCUGUCACUUUUGAAAAGACAUUUCGUAGAGAUGCCUUAGUUGAAAUUGAAAAGAAGUAUCAAAAAAUUUGGGCUGAUGAAAAAGUAUUUGAAGUUGAUGCUCCAACUUUAGAAGAAUGUCCUAUUGAAGAUGUUGAAAAAGUUCAAGAAGAAAUUCCAAAAUUUUUUGCAACUAUGGCUUAUCCUUAUAUGAAUGGUGUUUUACAUGCGGGACAUGCUUUUACUUUAUCAAAAGUUGAAUUUGCUACUGGAUUUCAAAGAAUGAAUGGUAAAAGAGCUUUAUUCCCAUUAGGUUUCCAUUGUACUGGUAUGCCAAUUAAAGCAGCUGCUGAUAAAAUUAAAAGAGAAAUUGAAUUAUUUGGAUCUGAUUUUGCUAAUGCUCCAAGUGAAGAAGAACAAGCCGAAGAAGAACCAAAAAAGAAAGAAGAAGUUAAAAGAGAAGAUAUUACUAAAUUUAAAAGUAAUAAAUCUAAAGCUGCUGCUAAAACUGGUAGAGCUAAAUUUCAAUUUGAAAUUAUGAUGCAAUUAGGUAUUCCAAGAGAUGAAGUUGCUAAAUUUGCUGAUACUUCAUAUUGGUUAGAAUUUUUCCCACCAUUAUGUCAAAAAGAUGUUACUGCAUUUGGUGCUAGAGUUGAUUGGAGACGUUCAAUGGUUACUACUGAUGCCAAUCCAUAUUAUGAUGCUUUUGUUAGAUGGCAAAUUAAUAGAUUAAGAGAUGUUGGUAAGAUUAAGUUUGGUGAAAGAUACACUAUUUAUUCUGAAAAAGAUGGCCAAGCUUGUUUAGAUCAUGAUAGACAAUCAGGUGAAGGUGUUGGACCACAAGAAUACGUUGGUAUUAAAAUCGAAGUUACUGAUUUUGCCCCAGAAGCUAAGAAAUUCUUUGAAGAUUCUAAAUUUGAUAUUUCUGACAAGAAAGUUUACUUGGUUGCUGCUACUUUAAGACCAGAAACCAUGUAUGGUCAAACUUGUUGUUUUGUUAGUCCAAAGAUUGAUUAUGGUGUUUUUGAUGCUGGUAAUGGUGAAUAUUUCAUUACUACUGAACGUGCUUUCAAAAACAUGUCAUACCAAAAAUUAACUCCAGAAAGAGGUUACUACAAACCAUUGGUUGUCAUUAAUGGUAAAGCUUUAGUUGGUUCUUCUAUUGAUGCUCCAUAUUCUGUUUUGAAAAACUUGAAAGUUUUACCUAUGGAAACUGUUCUUGCCACUAAAGGUACUGGUGUUGUUACUUGUGUUCCAUCAGAUUCUCCAGACGAUUACAUUACUACUAAAGAUUUGGAACACAAACCAGAAUAUUAUGGUAUUGAUAAAUCUUGGGUUCAAACUGAAAUUGUUCCAAUUGUUCAAACUGAAAAAUAUGGUGAUAAAUGUGCUGAAUUUUUAGUUAAUGAUUUAAAGAUUAAAUCACCAAAAGAUGCUGUUCAAUUAGCUAAAGCUAAAGAAUUGGCCUAUAAAGAAGGUUUCUAUAACGGUACCAUGUUGCUUGGUAAAUACAAGGGUGAAAAAGUUGAAGCUGCUAAACCAAAAGUUAAACAAGAUAUGAUUGAUGAAGGAUUAGCCUUUGUUUACAAUGAACCAGAAUCCCAAGUUAUUUCUAGAUCUGGUGAUGACUGUUGUGUUUCUUUAGAAGAUCAAUGGUAUAUUGAUUAUGGUGAAGAAGUUUGGUUAGGUCAAGCUUUAGAAUGUCUUAAAGAUAUGGAAACUUAUUCCAAAGAAACCAGACAUGGAUUUGAAGGUGUUUUAGCUUGGAUGAAGAAUUGGGCUGUUACUAGAAAAUUCGGUUUAGGUACCAAAUUACCAUGGGAUCAUGAUUACUUGGUUGAAUCAUUAUCUGAUUCCACUGUUUACAUGGCUUAUUAUACUAUUGAUCGUUUCUUGCAUUCUGAUUAUUACGGUAGUAAACCAGGUAAAUUCAACAUUAAACCAGAACAAAUGACUGAUGAAGUUUUUGAUUUCAUUUUCACUCGUCGUGAUGAUGUUAAAACCGAUAUUCCAUUAGAUCAAUUAAAAGAAAUGAGAAGAGAAUUUGAAUAUUUCUACCCAUUAGAUGUUAGAGUUUCUGGUAAAGAUUUGAUUCCAAACCAUUUGACUUUCUUUAUCUAUACUCAUGUUGCUUUAUUCCCAAAGAGAUUCUGGCCAAGAGGUGUUAGAGCUAAUGGUCAUUUAUUAUUGAAUAAUGCCAAGAUGUCUAAAUCCACUGGUAAUUUCAUGACUUUGGAACAAAUUGUUGAAAAAUUCGGUGCUGAUGCUUCCAGAAUUGCCAUGGCUGAUGCCGGUGAUACUGUUGAAGAUGCUAAUUUCGAUGAAGCUAAUGCCAAUGCAGCAAUUUUGAGAUUGACUACUUUGAAAGAUUGGUGUGAAGAAGAAGUUGGCAAACAAGAUAAAUUAAGAACUGGAGAUUAUGAUUCAUUCUUUGAUGCAGCAUUUGAAAAUGAAAUGAAUGAUUUGAUUGAAAAAACUUAUCAUCAAUAUACUUUGAGUAAUUAUAAACAAGCUUUGAAAUAUGGUUUGUUUGAUUUCCAAAUUGCUAGAGAUAUUUAUAGAGAAAGUGUUUCUACUACUGGUGUUGGUAUGCACAAAGAUCUUGUUUUGAAAUAUAUUGAAACUCAAGCAUUGAUGUUGGCUCCUAUUGCUCCACAUUUUGCUGAAUAUCUUUAUAAAGAAGUCUUGGGUAAAUCUGGUAGUGUUCAAACCAGUGCUUUCCCAAGAGCUUCUAAACCAGUUUCCAAAUCUAUUCUUGAUGCUCUGGAAUAUGUUAGAGAUGUUACCAGAUCUAUUCGUGAAGCUGAAGGUCAAGCUUUAAAGAAAAAGAAGGGUAAAUCCGACGUUGAUGCUUCUAAACCAGUUAAAGUUACUGUUUUAGUUUCCAACACUUUCCCAGAAUGGCAAGAUAAUUAUAUUGAACUUGUUAGAGAAUUAUUUGAACAACAAAAAUUAGAUGAUACCAAUGAAAUUAGAUCAAGAGUUGGUAAAGAUAUGAAACGUGGUAUGCCAUAUGUUCAAGCACUUAAAAUGAGAUUAGCUAAAGAAGAUCCAGAAACUGUAUUUAAUAGAAAGUUGACUUUUGAUGAAGUUGAAGUUUUAACUAAAGUUAUAGAUGUUGUUAAAAAUGCUGCUUACUCACUUAAGGUUGAAGAAUUACAAAUGAUUUCUUUCAAUAAUGGUGAAACCCAAGGUAAGGAUAUCAUUACUGGUGAAGAUAACAUCGCCCUUGAAUUCAAAGGUAAGAUUAUGGAAAAUGCCAUCCCAGGUGAACCAGGUAUUCUUAUCAAGAACAUUGAAUAA